UGGAGGACUGGUAGGAUAUAUGCUUCUCCUGCUCGGCUUUUACGUUUUUUACUUCGUCUUUUAUUGCAGUUUUUUUUUUACCUGGGCUCUGCCUAUUGCAUUGCUUUGAAAUACAUACUGGAAUCAAUUCAGAUUUCAAAAUUCCUUGUAAUUUUCACUGAAGAUUCCUUACUGAAAGGAAAUGGAAUGGACCGGAGCAAUUUUAACUUUAUUCCUAUUUAUUUUUGCAAUUACGUUCCUUUUGAAAAAGAACAGUUCCAGGAAUAACAUCUCCCACAAUCUCCCUCCGGGACCCAGAACUAUACCUAUUUUGGGAAAUCUGCACAUGAUAGAUCUGAAGAGGCCUUACAGAACAUUGAUAGAGUGGUCAAAAGAAUAUGGUCCCGUUUUCCGUAUCAAACUGGGAUUGCAGGAGAUGGUGGUGCUGAUAGGCUAUGAGACGGUCAAAGAGGCUCUAGUGAACCAGGCAGAGGCAUUUGCAGAGAGGCCCUUUGUUCCCAUUUUUGAAGAGGCAAAAAAAGGGUUUGGUCUUGUUGUUGCUCAUGGUGAGCACUGGAAAGUGAUGCGACGGUUUACAUUAUCCACAUUGCGGGACCAUGGAAUGGGCAAGAGGACCAUUGAGGACAAAAUCACAGAAGAGUGCAGUGUCUUAACAAAGACAAUGGAGACUUAUGCAGGAAAACCCUUUGACAUUACAAGAAUUCUCACUGCUGCUGUUUCCAACAUCAUAGUUUCUAUUCUACUUGGGAAACGCUAUGAAUAUGAAGAUGCCACAUUUUUACGACUACUGAAGAUAAUGAGGGAAAAUGUUCACCUUGGGGGAAGCCCUGCUGUGAUGAUAUAUAAUUUGUUUCCCAAAUUGGGGUUCCUUUUGGGUGCUCCUAAAACAAUAAUGAAGAAUCAAAAGGAGCUGCAUGAUUUCAUACAGACCACCUUCAUAGAAUAUCUCCAAGACCUUGAUGAAAAUGAUCAGAGGAAUUUUAUUGAAUCAUUUCUUGUUCGGCAAAGGCAGGAGAAUAUGAAGAUGACACAUGAUGGACAUUUCCGUAAUGAAAAUCUUAUAAGUCUUGUAGAUGAUUUAUUUGGUGCUGGUACAGAAACAACGUCAAACACUCUGCGCUGGGCCAUACUCCUAAUGAUGAAGUACCCAGAAAUUCAGAGUAAGAUCCAAGCAGAAAUUGCAAGAGAGAUUGGUGAUAUUCAACCAAGGACUGACCACCGAGUCAAAAUGCCUUACACCGAUGCUGUAAUUCAUGAAAUUCAAAGAUUUGCUGAUAUUGUUCCCACCAAUUUGCCACAUGCAACCACCAUGGAUAUAACUUUCAAAGGCUUCUUUAUCCCCAAGGGAAUGUACAUAAUUCCAUUGCUGACUUCUGUUCUCCAUGAUGAAUCUCAGUGGGAGAAACCUCAUGAAUUCUAUCCUGAGCAUUUUCUUGACUUUGAAGGAAAAUUUGUGAAGAGGGAUGCAUUCAUGCCAUUUUCUGCUGGUCGGAGAGUAUGUGCAGGUGAGACCCUUGCCAAAAUGGAGCUCUUCCUCUUCUUUACCAGCCUCUUGCAGAAAUUUACCUUCCAACCACCCCCAGGGACAUCUAAAGAUGAUCUGGACCUGACCCCUGUUUUUGGAUUUAUCUCCACUCCUGUGCCAUACAAGACUUGUGCUGUGUUACGUUGAUCUGACACAAAAAACUAUAACAAGUUGUUUUCUCAGUCUUGAAUUGCCUUCAUUUUGAGAGGCACAAUUUAAUAAAGAAUCCAGUAUUGUCUAAGUUUCAUGUGUUGUUUAGAAGAUGAAUGGUAAUGUGGGGACAUAGCAAAAGUAAAACAAGUAGAAUUACUGGGACAUAGUAAUAACUUGCUGUUUUGCUUCUGUAAGAAUUGAUUUGCUAAGAAUUGGAAUUGCCUCUGCCAUUUGCUCCUAUCUUAUUUUUCUAUACCACUUGGUGGAUAUCUCAAGAAGCGGGGUUGCUAAGCACCUAGCCCCUCUGUUGCUAAGCACUCAACCGCACUAUUCCUUGCUGCACUGCCAAAGGAAGGGAUGGGCCAGGGGGCCUGAAUUGGGUAUUGAACUGAUGACUGAAGGUAUAAAAGCACUCCAUACCUUCCCCAAGGUGUGGCUUUUCCUCGUGUGCAUUGUAUCUGUAUGUUCUGGAUAUAGCUUCACCCAGUAUUUUGUUUUUGGCCAAAAAUAAAAUCUGCUUCUUUUUGCAA